AUGACCACCGAAGCCAACGCCUCCGUGUUGGGAGGCACCGUGCUCAACGCCGGACCGCUGGGAGCCGAAACGACCUACGGCAAACUGCCGCCGCUGAACCCGGAUGACCUGAAGCUGCCGCCCCCGCCGCCUUCAGCCGCCGACAAGGUCACGAACACGGCGGACGCCAUCUCCAUUAGCGAGGUGUGGGAGGAGAUCAAGGCCAAGACGCGGGAGAUCAUUAUGGGCUCCUCUGUGACCGGCGUGCUGUCCGCCAUGCGCAUUGUGAACUUGACCAUGGCUGGCUGCAUGAUCGCUCUCGCCGUGGGACAGAUUAUCCAGUCGGACUCGGCCUUCUCCGUCAUGGCAGACGCGCUCUCCGUCAUCUACACCAUCUUCUUCGCGUUGAUCCUCGUGGGCUACGAGCUGCGUACCGCGUACAUCGACAAGCUGCUGCGUGGCAGCUUCGGCUUCAUGUAUAGUCCGUGGGGACGGUGCCUCUUUCUGAGCAUGAUCUCCAUCUUCCCGUUCGGAAUGUGCGGCAUCUACGGCGUGCUCGUCUUCCUGGCGGGCUUCGCAAACGCGUACUUCAACUACUUUGUCAUCACGAAGCACCCGUCCUUCACGCGCGGUGUCCCGGACUACACGCCGCCCGAUGAGACGCCGGCUGCCAAGGCCACGACGAUCAAGGAGGAGGACACGACUAAGGAACUGUGCGAGCGCGUGUGCAAGAAGCAGGCGUGCGCCAUCCAGUUCUGCCUCCAGCGGCGCAACUACCAGGAGAGCAAGUGCGCGGAGGUCAUCAAGCGCUACUACGACUGCUGCGCUGCUGCCACAGAAGCAAUGCAGAAAGCAGAACAAAAUACCAAGUCGACUUCUAGCUGA